AUGCAACUCUUCUCCGUUCCCAUCUUCCUCCUCGUGUUCCGCGAGACCCUUGAGACAGCCAUCAUCGUCUCCGUCCUCCUCGUUUUUCUCAAGCAAACUCUUGCCACUCCAUCAUUGCCAGAGUCCCCAAAGACAACUGCCCUUGACCAAGCCGCUGAACCCAGCCCCAAAGCUACACCAGACCAGCAAGGCGGAACGAUCUGCCCUGCGCAAAAUUUACCCCAGCAUGAUGAACCUCUCACCCUCUCCAAUUCAAAGCCCGUGGAUCUCCGUCUGUAUAAAGCCCUCCGCCGACAAAUUCUCUUAGGCACCAUCUCCGGCCUGCUGUUAUGUAUCAUCAUCGGCGGCGCCGUCAUCGGGAUCUUUUACACUCUCGGCGUCGACAAGUGGGAGACCUCGGGGGCGGAGCUGAACUGGGAAGGAGCGUUUUGUUUGUUGGCAAGUUUGAUUAUCAGUGUGGUAGGUGCGGCGUUGCUAAGGGUGGGCAGGAUGAGGGAGCGGUGGAGGAUGAGAAUGGUUAAAUCUAUGGAUGGGAGGGGAAACAAGAAGAAGGGCGCCGACAAGACAGCUCCAAGGGAGGAGGGUCAAGAUGAGGAGGCAAAUACGGAAAGAGGAGAGAUGGCUGGCGCAGAAAAGAGACAGUACUGGUGGCCGAAGAUGAAGAUGUGGAUGGAAAGGUAUGUCAUGUUCGUACUGCCCUUUGUGACAGUGUUGAGAGAAGGCGUGGAGGCGAUUGUGUUCGUUGCCGGUGUGUCCUUUGCGGCGCCCGCGAGCUCAAUCCCGAUUCCUGCUAUUGUUGGAAUCAUCGUGGGAGCUUUGGUUGGGGUUAUUCUUUACCAUUUCGGGUCGUCCACCAAGCUACAACUCUUCCUCGUUCUCUCAACAUCACUCCUCUACCUCGUCGCAGCCGGCCUCUUCUCGCGAGCGAUCUGGGCCUUCGAGAACCAGCAAUGGGCUAAUGCCAUCGGAAGUGAUGCUGCGGAACUCGGCAGCGGCCCUGGAUCCUACGAUGUUGACAAGUCAGCCUGGCAUGUGGACUGCUGUAGUCCCACUGUCAAUGGCGGAGGCGGUUGGGGCAUCUUCAACGCUAUAUUCGGCUGGACCAACUCGGCGACAUACGGCUCCGUCGUUGCCUAUAAUCUGUAUUGGCUGGUCGCCAUUGUUUCUUUUCUCGUAAUGAGAUAUCGCGAGGUGAAAGGGAAAUGGAUAAUGAUUCCACAGAAAACUGAGAUCGACAAUGGCAGCAUGUCUGCAACCGAGCCGUCGUCGCGCCAUGACACGAGCGAGAAAGCUAGUCUCUUCGACAAGCUGAGCUGGAAGAAGGCCACGGGCAGGUCUUGA